UGCCCCAUCAUUGGUGUCAGUGGCAGGAAUUGCGCCCCAUCAUUGGUGUCAGUGGGAGGAAUAGUGGCCCAUCAUUGGUGUCAGUGGCAGGAAUUGUGCCCCAUCAUUGGUGUCAGUGGGAGGAAUUGCGCCCCAUCAUUGGUGUCAGUGGGAGGAAUUGCGCCCCAUCAUUGGUGUCAGUGGGAGGAAUUGCGCCCCAUCAUUGGUAUCAGUGGGGAGAAUAGUGCCCCAUCAUUGGUGUCAGUGGGGAGAAUAGUGCCCCAUCAUUGGUGUCAGUGGGGAGGAGGAAUA